GAUGGCGUCUUUAUCUAAUUCUUGCUCGUACUUGAUGUUAGAGGUUCGUAUUCCCAUUGUAUGGUGUUUAUAUUUAUAUUGGCAUCUAAAAUCAGUUACGAAACAAACGUCUGGCGCUGAAUGUAAUGAAAUACUUUGACUUUCGGGAUACUCGAGAAUCAUGACGAAUACUGUGACAGAUGUGCAACAUCCUGAUUACUGGGAGGUUAAGAAGCGGGAGUUUACGGACGAAGACUUCAAGCGAUGGCAGGAUUGUAUGCAAAACUCCAGUAUCUUAAUACCAACGCUUCUCACAGCGGCUGCGGGAUAUGGUCUCUGUUUCGUAACACCAUUUCGUGCAAAAGCCAAAUACUUUGCAGCAGUUGCUGGUUUUACGGGCAUGAUAUCAAACCGAAUAUCUACUUCUAAGCAAUGUCUAGCUAAAAUCAAACCGAUAUGGGGCAAUGAUGUAAGAGAAGGAUACAGAGAGACGAAUCCUUAUAACAAGGACAGAAGCCUACGUUAUAAAGGUUUCUCACCACUUGAUGUGCAAUCUGAGAUUCAAACCUCAGGAGAGUCAUCCACAGAAAUAGUAUUCGAUGAUUAUCCAUCGAUGAACACAUACGACACGUACUCUAGUCUUAAUGAUAGCGGUGAUCUCCAGUCUUCCGUGGAAGAGACGGAUCUGACGGAGCCGAUGAACAUGCAAAAGAGCGCUAGUUACGACGAAUUGAGGCAUAAAAAUAGAGAAGAAUUCUACAACAGGAACAAGCAAUGGUACACUGCUAGAGAGGCGCAAUCUGCGAGUGAAGCACAAUAUGCAAAAGAUGAAGCGGUACUUGGCAGCCAAGAGCCAAGCAGCAAUGCUCCGUCAACGCAGCGGAAAAAUGAAUAUGGUGACGUGUGGGGUUGAAAUCGGGGGUUUAAAGUCGUGCAGUCUCUUGUUACUAUUGCAGAUAUUAAAUUAGAUGCACUACACAAGUAGAUAGCGUUUUGUAAUGUGCUUGUGAGAUCAGGAAGAAUUUGAAUUUUAUUAAAUAUGUGAAUGAAAUAUUAAUCUAUUAAUAAUAAAGCUAUAUUAUCCAUUA